AUGCGACGCAGUCUCUGCUUGUUUGCUCUCUGUGUACCGGUCAGCGUCACGGCCCAGAGCCUCGAGGCCGAGUGCGCUCGUUAUGGCCGCAAUACCUCAUCGUCCGACUGGCUUGUGUACACCAACGACGCCUACUGCGCAACGCCUGCCUUUGGCUGCCUCCUCAACACGGCUUCGUGCUCGUCGGCGAAUGCAACUAAAGCGAUGUGGGGCUUGUGGUCCACGCUGGCGCUCAAGCUCCCGCUUUGCAACGCGGUGGGGAACAUUGCCUCGCUCAAUGCUUCGUCCAUCUGGCUUCGGGAUCAGCCGUCUGUGGACAUGAAGGACGCGAUCUUGCCAUCCACACUGAACGAGCUGUACAUCAUGAAUACGUCCGUGCACGCGCUUUUCGACUCGCCGCGUCAAAAAAGCAUCCUCCCCGAGGCGCUCACGACCUUUAUGGCCGGAAACGCGCAGCUUGGCGAGACUGCAGCCACAUUUAUCUGGCCCUCCGGCCUGGACCGGCUGAGUCUCAAGAACGUCAGCGUGAACGCAAUGCCGCGCAUUGUGGCGCCGGUCUUGCGCGAACUCCACCUCGAAAACUUCACGUCGUCGUCCAAGAUGCUGGAUCUCAUUCCGACGCGGUCCCCGUCGCUCAUGACGUUACGCGACGACAGCAUGACGAGCAUUGUCGACCGCAACUGGUCUGGCACAAUCUCCUUGGAAUUGUCGGACAACCCGAAUCUGCGCACGAUCACCAACCUCACUCUGUCCCCUGGCCUGCGCUACUUAAACUGCUCGCUGACCAGUAUUACGCUGUACCAGACGUCGUUUGAGGCCUUCGACCGCCUUGGGUACAGCGUGCCCGUGGGCGAUUUUGGCUUGAGAAACCCUGCUGGCGUGGCGAUCGACGCCAACGUCCCAGCCGACGCUACCGCGUGCACUGCGCGCAACGGUACUGUUCAGACGCUCCAGAAGCUGCUCACCUCCCGCUUCAAUGUGCAAAUCUGCGUCCUCCCAAAUCCACCGAUUGCUACGCCGACGUCCGUGGCUUCCACAUCCAGCAGCAACACGGGCCUGAUCGUCGGCUGCACCGUCGGUGGCGUCGUCGUACUGAGUCUCCUAACUGCGCUUUUGUUUCGCCGCCGCGCCAAGCGUGCAAACACUGACACGACCUACUAUGACCUUGCAACAUACAACGGUACCCAAGGCACCGGUGACUACAGCGAGAUGGGUCUCAACGUCGACGACCUCCGCAUGCACAAGCUCGACGUCGGCGAUUAUGUUGUCACGGCCAAGAAACCACUGGCGUCCGGUGCCUUUGGCGAAGUUUGGCUUGGCGCGUACGGCAACGACAAGGUCGCGAUCAAGCGCAUCAAGGACCGCCGCGUCGAGAGCGUCCGCAAGUUUAUCGACGAAAUCACGCUCAUGGCCAAGAUGGACAGUGAUUUCAUUGUCGCGUUCGUCGGCGUCGGGUGGCGCCGACCGAUCGAGAUUGAAGUCAUCGUCGAGUACAUGGACCUUGGCGACCUCUGCAACUACCUCCGGACAACGUCCUCGGCUCAGUUUGACUGGCGCCAAAAGACGUCGACGAUCAUGAGCAUCGUCCGCGGUCUUGUCUACCUCCAUACGUUUGAGCCGGCGAUCAUCCAUCGCGACCUCAAGUCCCGGAACGUCCUCUUGGAUGCCAAGAAGGGGACCAAGCUCACCGACUUUGGCGCGUCUCGUGAAGCGUCCGACGCCAACAUGACCAACGGCAUUGGUACAUACCAGUGGAUGGCGCCCGAAGUCAUCAUGGGCACCGACUAUACGAUCGCCGCCGACAUUUACUCGUUUGGCGUCAUCUUGUCCGAGUUGAGUACGCACGCCGUGCCGUACGGUGACGUGAUCAACCCCGCAACGGGCCGCGCGUACACGCAGCAAGCUAUCAUGGCCAAGGUGACGUCGGGGGAGCUGCGACCAACGUUCGAGUCGGUGACGACACCAACGUGGGUGCGCGAGAUGGGUCACCAGUGCCUGGCAGCGUCGCCCGAGGACCGCCCGACGGCUCUUUUGCUCACGUCGAUGGUGCAGCGCGCCAUGUCUCAGUCGGUGUAGGCUCUAUCGUGACGCCGGAACCCAACGAUACCAAGUCCUAUGGUAGUACAUAUUUCUAUCCAAUUUUCAAAUUUUCCGAACAGAUCAUUGCUGUAUACACUAUGAACUAACAUUGUUU